UAGGAAUAGCCAGUAUACCACAGUUGGCGUGCGUGCGCGCGCAAUAGGCUGCUUUCCGAUUUUGUGCUAUUCUUCCCAGACACGUGUUUUGCUGUUCACCCAUACGCCUACAGGGCCUGCCAUAGAGAGAGUUCUUCCUGUCAUAAGCUUAAGCCCGUGCAUAUAUUUUAUUACUUGGGCUACUUACCAUGUAGGACCCCUUCACCAUCAUAUCCUUCUAUAAAAAAUCACAAAAUGUCGUUGACUUUUUUGCCAUCCAAUGGUCAGCCUUCAGGUCAUUCGGCUUCGCAGAAUAAGUCUAUCGCAAGUGCAGCAAAUUCAUCCGCUCAACCAUUAAUGACACCAACGGAAAAAUCGGGAAAUUCGCGUGUAUGUUACUUUUUCGAUAGCGAUAUUGGAAAUUAUCAUUAUGGUCCUGGGCAUCCAAUGAAACCUACAAGGAUCAGAAUGUGUCAUAGCUUGGUGAUGAAUUAUGGUUUGUACAAAAAAAUGGAAAUCUUUCGUGCUAAACCGGCAACUAAAAGGGAAAUGACGCAAUUUCAUACGGAUGAAUAUGUGGAUUUCCUCAAUAGAGUUACUCCUGAUAACGUCGAUCAAUACGUUCGUGAACAGUCAAAGUUCAACGUAGGUGACGAUUGCCCCGUAUUUGAUGGUCUGUUUGAGUAUUGCUCAAUCUCAGCUGGUGGAUCGAUGGAAGGUGCCGCUCGUCUAUCGCGGGAUAAAUGUGACAUCGCAGUAAAUUGGGCCGGAGGUUUGCAUCACGCCAAAAAGGGAGAAGCAAGUGGAUUCUGUUAUAUCAACGACAUCGUUCUUGGUAUAUUGGAACUACUUCGGUAUCAUCCACGGGUCUUGUAUAUCGAUAUUGACGUCCAUCAUGGUGAUGGUGUCGAAGAAGCAUUUUAUCUCACCGAUCGUGUGAUGACGUGCAGUUUCCACAAAUACGGAGAAUUCUUUCCUGGAACGGGUGAAGUACGUGAUAUUGGAUACGGAAAGGGCAAGCAUUACUCAUGCAAUAUACCACUUCGAGACGGAGUAACGGAUGAGAGCUUCAAGAGUAUCUUUGAGCCUGUCAUUAGCAAGAUCAUGGAACACUAUCAGCCAACUGCAAUCGUGCUACAGUGUGGUUCCGAUUCACUUGCAGGUGACAAGCUAGGUUCUUUCAACCUUUCUAUGCGAGGACAUGCAAACUGUGUCGAAUUUGUCAAGAAGUUCAAGUUGCCCCUUUUGCUAUUGGGUGGAGGUGGAUAUACCAUUCGUAAUGUCAGUAGAACAUGGGCAUACGAAACUGGAAUUGCUGCUGGCCAGGAACUCAGUCCGCAUUUGCCAGUCAAUGAGUAUUAUGAGUACUUUGGUCCUGACUACGUCCUGGAUGUCAGGCCGAACAACAGUGAAGAUCUCAACACACCUGCUUAUCUGGACAAAAUCAAAGAGAGAGUGUUUGAAAAUCUAAGGCAAACAACCUUUGCUCCCUCUGUUCAAGGACAUGUUGAACCUCGGCUGGCGAUUGAUGGAGAGAUUGACGAUGAGAACGAAUUGAUUGCCGAUCAAAUGGAUGCAGAUAUUCGUUCUUCUCGUGAUCCACAAUGGCGUGACAAACAUCGCACCAAUGAUGGAGAUUUGAGUGACAGUGAAGAUGAAGGAGAAGGCGGAAGGCGAAAUCGCGCAGAAUAUAAAUCAAAAGGCCCCGGAAUUAUGGACCCACUCAAAGAAAGACAACAGCAGGUUGAGAAUGGCAAUGGUAUUGCAGGCGUUUCUGAUGAUCAAGCAAAGGCUGACUUGGCCGCUGUUACAGCAUCAAAUGGUGAAGCAGCUGAAAGUAAGGAUAUCGAAAUGGCCAACGUAUAGAAUGUUGCUCUUUUUGUUCACACAAAUGUAUUUGUACAAUGUUAUUUAAUUUUCUGUUAUUUCAUCCCUCCUCUUCGUCAUCUUCGUCCUCCUCCU